GAGGGUGACGACAUAGAGGUUAUUCAGUGUGACAAGGUUGGUUUCAUUUACUGUUAUCUUAUUGCAUGCAUUUGCAAAAAAGCAGGGGUCAAAUCGAAUAUUGCACAGCACCAAAGAUGCGAUUUUCAUCUGGUAUGUUGCUUUUGCUCGUCACAUUUGUAUGUUUUUCUUGGAAAUGGUUCAUUGCUGCCGAAAUAUUCACUACCGGGACACAUUUUAGAGAAAUUACCACAGAAAGCAGCAGAUCAAGCACUUCAGCUAGCAAAGAUGAAGAUUUUACACUACAAGAAGAAAUGUUGCGAUGCAGCAGAGAUAAUGAAUGCAAAAUACUCGGCAGUAGGACAGGCACUGAAAAAUUAUCUGCAAUCGGCAAAGGAGGCAAUUUAUCAGAGUACGAUGAAAUUUUCGAAAAGAAAGAAGCAGGUUUUAAAAGCUGCAACGAACUGAAGAAAUGGGGAAUCAACUCGAGUAUGAAGGUGGAUUUGUCGCUAAAGAAUGGAUCUUCCUUCUUGGGUUACUGUAACAUGAUCAGCGACAACGGAGGUUGGCUGGUGUUCCAGAGACGAGUGGAUGCAACUGAUUUUUAUCGAAAUUGGACGGAUUACGUUAACGGUUUUGGGGAUGUUGAUGGGAGCUUUUGGAUUGGCUUGAAAUAUCUACACUGGAUGACUCAGAGUGCAGAUAACAUGGUUCUCCGCGUCGAAGUGAGAAAUAUUAACGGAAUCAGUGGAUUUGCAAAGUAUUCUAAUUUCAAAAUUGGUAGCGAAGAUGAGAAAUACAAUAUAACAUUUGGUGCAUAUGAAGGUAACAUUGGUGAUUCUUUGAGAAGUAGCUAUGGAGCAGCAUUCUCCACGCCAGAUCGAGAUAAUGAUGCUAGGAGUGAUUUUCACUGUACUGAGACAUUUCGCGGCCCUUGGUGGUCAACCAAUUGCUUUACUGCGAACCUGAACAACGAUCAUCAAGACAAAGUCCCUUAUGUGAGUACCCCUCGGGCCGAGGGAGCGUCACGAAUGUCAUGGAGAUCGAUGGAUGACAAAUUUGGCACAAUCAGGUUCUCAGAAAUGAUGAUCAGACCAUAUCCUUGAUCAACCUUUAACUCAAGAUAAGCGACUUAGAUUAAAUUAAAGCUCAAUUGCAUUGCUACAAGCACUUUUAUUUAUGCUUAUGGUAACAGGUCUUUGGAUCGUUCUAGAGAAGUUAGCAGCUCCUUUAGAAGGCGUAAAUAAGCAUUGUCGCCAUUUUGGAACGGUCAAAUGAGAAUUUCACCUUAGUAACAUAGUAAUCCAUUAUCGGUACAUAAUGGUAAAAUAUGCCUUAAGUGCAUAUGACAUGAAAUUUUUAGUUGCUCCCUAGACUUGAUCUAGUAUGCUGAUCACGAAAAUAACCAUAAUAUUUUCGAAAAAUAAAUACACUCGUAAUUACAGCUGCUUCAAAGUCGAUUUUUUUGCCUCAAAUUCUGUCACAGGGGAUUGGGUCGAGUUUGACAGGAAGUGAGGUAAAGUGGUUGUGUUAGUAAAAAUUUCAUGGAAAAUUUAGAUUGCAUCCUAACAAGAGACGGCUGAGUUUGUGAACAUGUGUCAUAGCAAAUAAUCAAGCUCGAGGGCGUCAAUUUUUGAAGAAGGUGAAGGGGGUAGCUUGAAGGUGCUGCUGAUGGGCUAUUUUUGUCCUGCAAGAACGAGCCAGUCGUUUCUUCUGCGGAUAAUUUGAACGUAGAAACGGUUUCAAGUCAAGAAGACCUGUUACUGCAUAGGAGUUAACUAUCCAAAGUUGCGUUAGAGUAAACCUUCCAAAACAUUUUCUAGCCGAUUAUGGCAAAAAUAUUGGGGGGGGGGGCUAUAGCCGCUGCUAACUCAAUGGCUGUGCGGUGCCUGGUGGGGAGGGGGCUAAAUUGAGAGGAGAGGUUUAAAAGAUAAUUUGCAGCGCGCGUAGUUUAGACAGCGCGUUAUGGGCGUGGCGAAUUAAAUUUGAUUAGAUGCGAUCAAAAUUCAAUUAGAUGCUGCCCGUAGGGUACUUCAAAUUGUUGUUUGGUUUUGGACAGCAAAGCUAACUGAAUUGUGAAUAAUUUCGGCUGAAAGCAAAAGCAAGUUUUGUUUCUGUUGUAAAAUGGCCCCCAUCUCGACGAAGAUAAUAUUAUUCUUGCUCAAUCAAUUGUACUUGACGCAAGAAAGCGUGACAAAGGCUGGUUUUGGAAGCACUAAGUGCAUUGAGGCGCACUGUGACACAUUUACUUCAGCUUGUGUUCUGGGCCUGUUUGCAAAGCGGGAAAAUAAAAAAUCCAGUGAACAAUAGAUCAUGGAAACUUCUGCUAAGAGUUCAAGGUUGGUGGAGCAUGAUUUGAAACACGUACGAGGACAAAUGUUUCAAACUCACUUUUCGUGUGACAGAGGCUUGAUCGGAUAGCACCGGCAUUGAGAAAAGAUACUGUUGCGGAAUUGCCGAAGCGUGAGAUUGGUUGUUUGGCAGUACAGGCUUGCCAGGCUAUCAUGGCUCAUCUAUGGAAAAAGUCUGUGGGAAAUAAGAUGCCAAAAAAUUACCCUGGGUACCAGACUCACUAUAUAUGAAAUAAAAUAGAGAGUCUGGUCUAGUGCGCCCCAUUCUCGUUCUGGUGUGCUGAUAUUAACCAAUCAGGAGCGAGUGUACAGAUUUCUGUACGUUCAAAGGUCACAGCGAAACAAUAAACUUAGCUCUGGUGUAAAACAUUGAACAGAACAGAACAUAAAUAAAUGCUAGCGACCGCAACGAUUGAGUUUGAAGAUGCUGUUAAAACUGUACUCAAAGAAUAUUUUCCGCAUGUUGUGGAACUGAACACAGAGCAGCAUUGAAAGCCUUGUUUGUAGAGAGAAGAGACACCUUCGCCAUAUUGCCAACUGGCUUUGGAAAGUCUCUGAUAUUUCAGGAUGUGCCUCUCGUUGCAAAGAAAUUAGGCGUUGUAGUGAAAUGCAGUAGAUAAGAAACACCGCAAGGCGCCGAGAACAAACAGCAACAAACACAGUAAAUCAGUUAUAGCUAAAUUUCACCCGGCAUACGGGGCUUCGCUUGUCGCUGUGGUGACCUUCCAACGUGAUGAUUCUAACCGCCCCGGUGUCCAAGCGCGCUGCCUUCACAGUGAGGAAGUAGACUUUGAAAGUACACACAAUUUAUGAGGAAAAUUACAAAAGACUUAUUUUAAGUUGUAUACGAAAUUUGAUAAUGAUUAACAUUUAAUAACUGCAUUGUGCUAACUUUAAUUUCAUGCUUCGCACAUGUUUUUUGCUGCCAAAUGGCGUUUUAAACCUGAUUUGAUUGUUAUCUUGAGGCAGAAAAGUCUAUUACCACUGUAUUAAAAAUGUCGACUUUCAAGAACUUAAUAAAACACAUUUGCUUUAAGAUUUCCCAAAACUCCUCUGACUACUGAGUUUCUUUGUUAUUUAUCUGACAGUUUUGUUUCACAGGCCUAGUCUGUUAAAUAGACUUCAGUUCUUUCAAGUAAGUUCACCAGAACGAGAAUGGGGCGCACUAGACCAGACUCUCUAUUAUUUUAUAUAGUGAGCCUGGUACCCAGGGUACCAAAAAAUAAACUUUCAUUAAUGGAAACAACAAACAUUUUUGAUCAGGAGUGUCAGUUUUUACCUGUUUUUUUGAUGCUGUGCUGUGGAUGGAUGCAGUGUACAAAUAAAUGCACUAAAUGUGGUCCUGAAUAUGCCAAAAAAUGCCAUAACUUUAAAAUCUUUAUUCAAUAGUGAUAAUGGCGAUUGCCGAUGGAGUACAGAUUUACAUGGGCAAGUAGUUGCUUCCUUUGAAUAGUUUUGAUGUCAUCAUUUUCAAGUCGACUAAUCUAUACAAACAAUUUCAAAAGAAAAGUUUAUUUCGUUCGCGUUUGUUCUGCCGUACAUUAAAAACUCUCCUGCCGUUCUUCAGCUCGUUUCUAACAGCAGAAGUGAUCCUCUGAUAAAUUUCCAAAUUUUUAGAGGCUUUACUGUUUGUGAAAAUAAGCUCUCUUCGGUAGCUUUCGUUGUUGCAUAUUACGUCAACAUCUUCUUUGACAAUCUGUUCUGGUCUGGCCAUGUUGCUUUGCGCCCUCUUCCUUUUCACUUUCUUGCAAAUCUUGUCUUGAUGCUCCCUCCUCAUCGUCUUCCGCUUUGUAAAACUCAAAAGCUUUAUCAAUUAUAAGUAUGGUUAAUAAUGCAGCCUGUAAUUAAAAGCUUGUCUUGAUAAAGGGCUUCCUGGGGCAAAUUCUCAGGGCUUUUUCUUUUUUCCUUCAGCGUUGUAGAACCUUGUUCUUUUAAAGCUUAUCUUGUGUCCCAGACCCCUAACUUGAAAGUAGAGGUCUGGGACACAGGCUAUCAAAGCUUGGCCUAAAUCGCGAAACUUCUCUUCAGCAUCGUUACAACUUUAAUCAGGCAUGGUUUCUGUUUGUACCAUCUGAGAGGACAGAUAUUUUCUGAAUGCAGCCAUUUUGACUUGUCUUUUUGGCAGUUUCUUGUUUUCAACGCAUGCGCAAUGUUAAUUAAUCGAGUAAAAUCAUGAAAAAUUGCUGGAAAUGGUAAAAAUUAAAGCAUACUUUGAUUCAUAAUGCGCUGAUAAUGUGUCCAAGUGAGCGCAUUGUGGGCGAAUUUGACCUAGACUUUCUCCUCUAUCUUUUAAAAAGAAGAUAUCUAAAAAGCAAGAUCAUACUUUCUUAGGCAGAAUCCGAGCAGAAAUUGGCUAAAAUUUGCUUAGCCAGUAAAACUAGAACUUUAGCUCAAAAGAGAGAAUUAAUGAAGAGAAAAUGCUUUCUUCAGUCAGCUAAACGAAUGCAUAGGUAAGCAGUGAGCAUCAAACCAACUGUGGUACCAAGCUUCAUUCAAACCAGAAAAUUAGCUUUGU